AUUGAAUAAAAAUAAAGAAGGUUAAAAUAGCAAAAAUAAAAAUAUGUCUCAUAAUCAAGUUCGGAAUACACAGAGUCUGUGUUCAAUGGGUCCUAUUUCGUUCAUUUGAAAUAUUUUAAAUAAUUCGUUAAAAUCACGGUUAAUUGUAUAGUUUUUGUUCCGAAUCGUUCGUUAAAUAAAAUUCUUUAUUUUCGUUUUGUGUGUCAAACUUAAAAGAAAAAUUAUUACGUUCCUGAGUGCUAACCCAACUAUAUACAACGUAGCGUUAUUAUCGAAAAAAAUGAGUGAACCCACAGUGACAAUAAAUAUGCACGAUGUACCAGUUGCAUCACAACAACAAUUGACCGGAAUAUUAGUCGGAACGAAAUCGAAUCUGUCAACCAUUUCUGAUACACCAGUUACUGAUCCAGGGGGCUCGUCGAAUAAGGGAAUUUCGGAAGCUUCCAAUUCAUUUCCAGGGCAACGAUCAAAAUUGGACACUAAAUCUGGCGCUUUAAAGAAGACCAGUCGAUAUCGCAGCCGUAGUCUGUCAGCAUCUUCAUCAGACUCAUUCAGUUCAGCUUCCUACACUGGCAGCAGCUCUGAAGAAGACGAUGUUUCUCCACGAGAGAAAGUACAGAAGAAUACAACGGGCGGAUCGGAUUUUUGUGUUCGCAGUAUCAACCAGCACGGUUUCGGUCGACGGGAAAUCGAAAUUGCGGAGCAAGAAAUGCCGGGUAUAAUGGCGUUGCGGAAACGGGCAAGUGAUGAUAAACCGUUGAAAAAUGCUCGAAUUGUUGGAUGUACACACAUAAAUGCACAGACGGCUAUUUUAAUCGAAACUUUGGUUGAAUUGGGUGCAUCCGUGCGAUGGGCUGCGUGCAAUAUUUACUCCACACAGAACGAAGUAGCUGCUGCUCUAGCCGAAGCUGGUUUUCCGAUUUUCGCUUGGCGUGGCGAAACCGAAGAAGACUUUUGGUGGUGCAUUGACAAAUGCGUCAACGCUGAAAACUGGCAACCGAAUAUGAUCUUAGACGACGGCGGUGAUGCCACACAUUUAAUGUUAAAAAAGUAUCCGGCAAUGUUCAAAAUGGUUAAGGGCAUUGUUGAAGAGAGCGUCACUGGAGUGCAUCGUUUGUAUCAAUUAUCUAAAGCUGGGAAAUUAACCGUACCAGCUAUGAAUGUUAACGAUUCGGUUACGAAAACCAAAUUCGACAAUUUGUACAGUUGCAAAGAGUCAAUUCUGGACAGUUUGAAACGUUCCACGGACGUUAUGUUUGGUGGUAAACAAGUUGUUAUUUGUGGAUAUGGUGAAGUCGGAAAAGGAUGUUCGCAGGCGAUGAAAGGCCUUGGCUGUAUUGUGUACAUUACGGAAAUCGAUCCGAUUUGUGCACUACAAGCAAGCAUGGAUGGUUUUCGAGUUGUUAAAUUGAACGAAGUCGUACGCACCGUUGAUAUUGUUAUUACGGCAACAGGAAACAAAAAUGUCGUUUCUCGCGAACAUAUGGACAAAAUGAAAAACGGAUGCAUUGUGUGCAAUAUGGGACAUUCGAAUACAGAAAUCGAUGUGAAUAAUCUUCGCACACCGGAUCUGACCUGGGAGAAAGUCCGAUCACAGGUGGAUCAUAUCAUAUGGCCCGAUGGCAAACGACUUAUUUUGCUAGCCGAAGGUCGAUUGGUGAAUUUGUCGUGUUCCAGCAUACCAUCGUUUGUCGUAUCCGUCACUUCAGCCACACAGGCAUUGGCUUUGAUUGAACUGUUCAAUGCGCCACCCGGACGCUACAAGUCCGAUGUUUAUUUGUUACCAAAAAAGAUGGACGAGUACGUAGCUAGUUUGCAUUUACCUACUUUCGAUGCACAUCUAACGGAACUGUCGGACGAACAAGCUAAAUACAUGGGUCUGAACAAAGCUGGUCCAUUUAAACCUAAUUAUUACAGGUACUAAAUGGCUACGCGAGGGAGAUCGAAUCGAAGGAAAUGUAGCAGAGUAAAUGAAACAAUAAUUGAAAAUACCAUUUUACAUCUCCACACAACAAAAUUGAUUUAUAUUUUAUAUAACUGUUUACAUUAUACCUACACAUUAACGCUGAUGCUUAUUUAUUUUUAAGACAAAGCUGGAGUACUUAUUGUUACGAACACUUAAAAAACCGAAUUGAUGUAAGGGAAAACACUUAAUUUAACAUCAGACAUUCUUACGUUGAUUUAAUAUAUGAAAUAGAAUAUUUGAGCAGUGCGUUCGAUUGAGUUAGGGUGCAUAUCUGUAGUUAGUAUUAUUUAGCAGUAUUUCGUAAUUCACCUUCUUGUUUUGCUGAAUUGUGUAGUAUUUUGGCAUCACUGUAGGAGAACAGCUGCUCACUUAUUUUACACACACAAAAGAAUCUUAAAUGGAAUCAAAUUUUAAAAGGAUUUCGUGGCUUAAGUACGAAUGAAGUACAUUCGACCAUUCUACGCAUCGGUGACGCAUUUAUGAAUAUUUUUUUACGGCGUUUAUAGUAAUUUCGAUAAUUUCUUUUAUUAAGCAGAGAAGAUAGUAGAAAAUAUUGACGGAAAAAUCUCAAGAAAAAUUCUGUAAAUCACGUAGAAAAUAUCAACCAUUUUGCUAAUGCAUGAUCCGUUACAGCCUAUUCUGAUACCAUCAGCCUACAAAUAUUUUCUAUGUAAUGCUAGAAGCAGUGCUAUGGCUAAAGGUUCACAAUUGAACUUAUUGAUUUACAAACUUUUCGGUAAUUUCAUGUUUUCGGUUUUCGGAAUGACUGUCAAAUCGAAUGGGGCCUAAUAAAGCUUUUUUUUCUGAAUUUAUGUACUUUGAAGUAAAAUGUACAUUCGAUUUGUUGAAAUUUGCAUUUUACACCACAUACCAGUGAAUAAAUUAGUAAAAUUAUUGCAAUUCGUCUCAAACCAGAGAUUCUCAGUAGAUGUCUGUUCGCGAUGUUAAUUGAUUUAAUUCUGAGUUCCUCUUAGUAUUUACACAAACAAUUGCUAUAAACGCCUUUAAGCAGGUACUUAAAUCAAUUAAUUUUUAGGUAGUUCUUCCUAUACUUUUUAAAAUGAAGUUAACUACCAACUAAACCCCAUAUAAGAGGUGCAGACAUUUUUUUUUCGAGAAAAUGUAAGUUAGUCAUAAAAAUAAUAAAAAU